UGCUUUAAGAAGCAGCGAGUUUUGACAGUUUCAUUCACUUAUCAACGCGCUGGGAAGAUGACACGCUUUACAGGUGAGGAAGCUCUACAGAUGCUCCUGGACAGCGAGGAAGAGUUCACCGUUUCUUCAGACGAAGAGCAGGACUCCGACGAUGAACGUUUGUAUUUUGAAGAGCGACUUGAUCCAGCUGAGGAUAUAAUUUCUGAAGAGAAUGCUGCAUCAUUGUCCUCUUCAGCGGGCAUCUGCAGAAAUGCGACGGACAUUCAUACAGGGAAUGUGUCUGCAACACCAACUUCGUCUGGUACUCGCACGAGGGCACGCAGCUGCGCAACUGGGAACAAUAAAGAGAAUAUGGCUGCAACACUUUCGCUUUCAUUUCCUCGCACGAGAUCACACAGCAACGCGACCGAUAUUCAUCCAAUGAAUGUUGCUGCAUCACUUUCACUUUUACCCGGUACUCAUAAACGCCAUAGGUCUGCUUCAGUUCUCAAAGCAACUGAGACUAAUGUAUCUAACACUGACAGUGAUAAGGCCCCUGUUGCAAAGAGAGUCAAGACCAACAUCCAGGCAAGCAGCAGCAGGUCCGUUCUGUCAUGGAAAACAGAGACUGAUAUUGAUGUGGUUCCACACACUUUGCGUUUCUUUCCUGCACGGGAACCUGGACCACAGCUGAGUCCUGCAGACGCACACACACCCCUGAGUCUCUUCAAAAUGUUUUUUCCUGAGGAUGCAGUUUCAACUCUUUGCCAUAACACCAACGCUCAGGCUGCCAGGGCAAAAGCAAAGGGUUCCAAGUAUAAAUGGAAAGAUGUCAGCGUCACUGAGAUGUACCGCUACAUUGGACUACUAUUUUAUAUGGCCAUGGUAAAGUUGAUCUCCAUCAGGGACUACUGGAGACAGGACGAUGUUUUCUCCGUGCCUUUUCCUGCCACAGUAAUGUCAAGAGAGAGAUACCGCACUAUUUCAUGGAAUGUGCACAUGAGUCACCCAGAAGACGACAAAGUAAAUGACAGGAAAAGGGGCACAGCCGAACAUGACCGUCUUUUCAGGGUCAAGCCUCUUAUGGACACUAUUCGUCAAGCUUGUAUAAACCUCUAUCAUCCUAAAAGAAACUUGGCUGUGGAUGAAAGAAUGGUGGCAUGCAAAGCAAACACAGGAAUGACACAGUACAUGAAAGCUAAACCAACCAAGUGGGGCUUCAAGUUGUUUGUGCUUGCAGAUUCUUCAAAUGGAUAUACUGUGGACUUUUCAGUGUACACCGGGAAAAAUAACUUUCCCACAGGCCAUGGACUUUCAUAUGAUGCUGUGACGUCUCUUUUGGACUGUAAAACUCUAGGCUCUGGGUACCAUGUGUACAUGGACAAUUUUUACACAAGCCCAAAGCUCCUGACAGACAUGUUUGCCAUGAAGUUUGGUGCUUGUGGGACUUACAGAGACUUUAGAAAGGAAUGCCCACGGGAUGCAACAAAUGCAUGGUCAUACUGGCUGGGGAGCAACGAUCCAAUUCCCUUGGGGAAGAAAAGAAAUAGGAAGAGUUCUGGCCCCACCGGAGGAGGAAGCGUGGGACAAGCGGAGGGCGCCACGGACAGCAGGGAACCCUCAGACAGGAACCCCACCCUCUUCCGUCUUGUGGAAUUCCGUCUGAAAUCAGAAGAAGAGAAAGAAGUGUUUUAA